GCCGGGGGCAGCGGGCGGCGGCGGCGGGGGGCCAUGAUCACCGUGUCCAUCCCGGCGGCGGAGCCCGAGGCGGCGGCGCGCAGCCCCGACAAGGCGCACACGGUGUUCAGGGUGGAGGUGCUGUGCAAUGGCCGGCGGCACACGGUGGCCAAGCGCUACAGCGAGUUCCAGGCGCUGCACAAGCGGAUCAAGAAGACCUGCAAGGUCCCCGACUUCCCUCCCCGGCGGGUCCCCAACUGGAUGCCCAAAGUGCUGGAGCAGCGCCGGCAGGGCCUGGAGCUCUACAUGCGGGGCGUCCUGUACCACAAUGAGGAGCUUCCCCAGGAGGUGCUGGACUUCCUGAAGGUGCGCCAUUUCCAGCAGGAGCCCAAGGCCGGCAGCAUGGCCUCCUCCAGCCGCUUCUCCGCGGAGGCGAGCAGGCCUGGCUGCCUGCCCUCCCAGCGGCCGGUGCUGAGUUUCUGCAGAGACCCCUACGUGCGGCCCCUGUCCACGGACCUGCUUCCUGAUACGGUCCUCAGCGGGGUGCUGCAAGGCCUCUACGUCCCGGAGAGCUGCUCCUCGCGCAAGGCAGCGCCACAGGGCCUCGGCCAGCCGGGCUCCUGAGCACCGCACGCAGCAGCCACCUCCCUGCUGCCGCUGAGGGUAGGCCUGCUCUGCAGCGGGACCUCCUCGCUCACUGGAUGGGUCUCCUGGGCCUUGGGGAGGGAUGGAGUGGUGGGGCCUGGCCCCACAUCUCAGGCUAGAAACUCUUCUUGUAAAGCAUGUGGUGCAGUGGGCGGCCAGGCCUGCUGGGAAGGCUCACAGCAAUAAAACACGCCAGGACAGGGAGCUAGAAAGCAAGAGGGGCUGCUCUCGGACAGGAAAACUGGGGGUGGAAGAAGCCAAGUGGUACAGCAGGAGCCACAGCUGCUCUCCAGACUAGAGCUGGCUUGUAUCUGCUCUAACCAUGGCAAUCCAAGCCCUCACAUGUCUUAGUUUUAAGCACAGGAGUUCUGCCUUCUACCCUAAUGUUUUGGGUUUGCGGGAGGAGCCUUUGGACUCUGAACUGUACUGGGAAAACCCCUCAGCAUCUGGGCUUCUGGUGCUUGGGAGACUGUGCAAUAAAUCACUCAGGCUUGACUGGCA